AUGCCUCCCUCCGCGCGCUCUCCCGCGCCCUCUCCCUCUCCCUCGCCUCGCGCCGUCGUCGCGCUCGCGCUCGUCCUCGCGAUGUUCGCGGUCGCGCCGCGCGUCGCGGACGCGCGCGGGACCGUGCUCGACGUCGGACGCGCCGCGUUCGCGGCGAACGACGUCGCAAAGGCGACGCCGAUUCCCACCUCGCCGACGCGCGACCUAGGCGCGCUCGCGGACGUCCCGCGCGCGCCGCUGAACAUGUCGCGCGGGCUCGACUUCGACGUCGACGACCCGCGCGGGCUCGGCGUGCCCUCGCGCGAGUUCGGCCAGGUGCGACGUCGCGGGGUCGGCGUCGUGGCGUUCUUUCUUUUCACCCGCCGCGAACAGAACCAACUGCGCUCAAACCCGACCUGA